AUGGGAGCGGUACCACCACAGCAGCCAAAGCCCUCGUCGAGACCCGUUCCAGCGCGUUCACCUAGUAGCGCCUCUGCGGAUGCGUGGAGGGCGAGCAUGGGAGACGAACUACUGCACGGGAAGCCGCUGCAGCAGGAUUCGCCGGACGUCGCCGCAGCCGUUCCGCGGGAAGACCUGUACAGUACCUUGGAGGAGGCGGAAGGCGACAUUGAUGUGGACUACGCAGACGAAGGGAGCGCACAGUCACGUGAGGUCAGUGGUAGAAACGAUGGCGCAAGACACCCUCAACACCGCUUUCCAGUCAUGAUGCCAGGAAGUAGUUUAGCCACGAUCGCUGUGCCGCCGAUCCCAACGAUGAGCUCCAUCGCCGGGCCAACCAGCCCAAUGAGUCUCUCCAGUUCUAUUGCCACCGACACCCCACGGUCUAUCUUGAGACAAUCGGGCUCCGCAAGCGGCAGGACGCCACAGUCGAGCAGCCGCCGAAUUAGCUUUGUAGGGGUCUCGCCUCCCCGACUGGAUGAACCCCACGACCGUCGACAUGGCAAAGAAGAAAACGAGGGCGACAGCGACGAUUACGAGUCCGCAGAGCCGUCGCUGCGCUACGACAUCGUGACACUGACAACGCCUGUCAAUGGGACGCCGCCACGGCACGCGCGAAGCGCGCGCAGCCUCGAUUCUUCCUCGCCUAACAGUGACUAUCACAGCCAGGAAUGUAACGAGGAUCCUAGCCGCAGGGCGUCGAGCCCUGUGCCAGCGCCACAGCAACAGUGGGCCUCGUCCUCACUUUCACCGGAGCGUCCACGUCUAUCUAGUCGCUCCCGGACCCACUCCCCGCCACGCGGCAGCGGGGGCGGAUACACAAGCCGGACUGGGCUGCCAUUAUCGACGCCGGUGGCAGUCCCCUCCGCGCCCCCCUCACCCGAAGAAGAAGGAGACGAGAUUACGCUUGAUGUGGCGCCGCAGCACCGCGUUCCUGCCUUGCAGAAUCUCACGCAAGGUCCCGAUCGACGUAUCGAUCAGCGCCGCGCGAGAAGUCCUUCGAUGGAGACUAUCGGGCACGACGACGACGUACUGACCCAGCCGCACAAUCGAAGCGAAACCGAGGGUGUCGCUGACGUCGCCGCGGUUGUGCGCCGCCCGCCUCCACGGCAGCGCUGGCCGUCAGACGCGUACCAAGAUGACCCCCCAACAGAGGUGAGCAUCCAGCAGCGGGGGCGGCAAUCCCGACGUGAAAGACUUGACCCAGAGGAUGACAUGGACAGCAGCAGCAGCAGUCAACGGAGCAAUGACAACGACUCGCUCAGCACUGGCAGCGACGACUCCUUGUCAGCACGCUACGCCUCACCCCUGAAGGCACAUCAAGAGGAGCAGCGAGGGCUGAGCCACCUGCCGACCUCAUCAUCACCACCCGUGCCCGCCUUUUCUGCUCAUAAACCGCGGGCCGGCAGCCCCACGCCCCGUCGACACAGUGCAAACUCAACCGAGAAUAGUGAUCGUACCAGCAGUAGUAGUAGAGGCAGCACCUUGAGCCAAAGGAGAACAAGUCGAGUGCCGUCAUCGGCGACGCCGCUACCGCCACUGCAGACUCAGCAAGACAACACAUACGAACGAAAUCUCGGCAACAGCAGCCACGAGCACAAUCAUGGACGCUCUUCAAGAGCGGUGACGAGCGCAUUCCUAUCGACCUCACACAACCGCAGUUGCGGCAUGCUGGUGGGUGAAGAAAAUCGAGGGCAGGACAACCAUGCCAAUUCAGGAGCUCCACCUCCAUACAGAGAAACGAGCUUGUUUUCCUCCACUGGAUAUUCCCCCUCCACUAUUACAGGCCACAGCUCCGACCGGAGUGUGGCAGGUGACCUGUCCGGCUUCGCGACCGCGGCGGCCGCGCCGGAGCCGAGACGGAUGCCGUUUCGGACGCGUAGAAAGCACCACGGCUACACCGAUACAUCUGCUACAGUGCUAAAAAACUACCAGCAGCAGCAUGAGGUAAUACCGUCUGUUCUAUCAGCUGUGACCACGACGGAGCAAUCGAAACAAACCAAGGAUAGGCAAGCCGCAGGAGUGGUGGAGGGAGAUGUGUCACAGGUAUAUGUAGAUCCGCUCUUACGCGAGCGUCGUCACCGUCAUGAGCUCGCGCGACAAGAGUCUCUGCCACAUCAAGAACAGCACUCACUAAGUGCCAAAGCGAGGAGCACCAGCUCCCACGUAGAGCAGCCGCAUCGGCGGCACUCGAGGCCCCACGCGCGUCGCAGGAGCCCGUGCUCGGAAAGAGCGGCGAACCGCCAACCAGCAACCUACGAGCCGGUGAGCUUGCGCGAUAUAAUGAAGCGCCACGAUUCGCCCACUACCAAAUCACGACGUGGCACUUCAUUCGGUCAGUCCACUACCGGUGUUAUACUACAUCCGCCUUCUGAGGUGCGGCAGCUUCACCUCCAGCGCAGCAGCCAUGACAACGAUGGUGCCGCUCACGGUCUGAAACUCGGCGCCGCUGCCAUGGAAGCGUCAGUCAAGUCCUCUUCACUCCUCUCUAGUGGUGGGGUGCCGGCCGACGAGCUUCUCUGGGACACUUCUACGCUGGCCUCCCACGCUAGAAGCAGUCCUCCGCCCUCUGUCUCCUCAAGGUUCUCCUCAGAGCGGGUGCUCAACACCCCAGGCGGAAGGAAAGUGCUUCGCAAGAAGCUCGUUGUCGUCGUGCGCCGCAAGAAGACUGGCGCUGUACCUUCUGAGAACGAUCCGGUGAUGCAGAUGUCGCUGCUGCCCUUCAAGGAGGGAGCUGCAGCGUUACUUGAAUCAAACUCCCUGUUGCAAGGGUCUCCGCAGCAGCAGCGACGCGCGCGCAGCGCCAGUUUACCAGCCGCUGCAGCUGCUCCGGUUCUGGAGAAACUGAUCGACCACAUGGGACAAAGUAGGUGUACCUCCAUGUCCUCUCGUUUUCCUAGCCGUGUAUCUCAACGUCAAUGCUGGAGCUCGAGCGAAGCUGCGCACAAGUGCGACGGUGGCGACUACCAUGCCAGUGAGGACGAGAUCAGCGAGGCAGAUCGUAGACAGUUCCGGCAGGCACUGUCGGAACUGUCCUUUCGAAGUGCGAGCCGCCGAUCCUUUGUCUCGCCAUCGACCACGACAACAGCGUUGCGGUCGCACAGUAGUCACACACGCUCACCGCAUUCACAACACAGCGUGCCACACGAUCGUGAGCGGCCACGACACCGCAGCCACCGGUCUCACUCAGCUGCGAUGAACGACACGGUAACGAGUGUGCGCACGACGUCGCCAUCCCACGAACGAUCUUCUCGAGGCGACUCAUGCCACUCAAAUGAGAAGUCGGCGCACAGGUGCAACGGUGGGUAUCCUCACAAUUCACGACGGAGGCACAAGCACGAGAGCAGAAGGCACAGCUCUGUUGAGCACCGGCGACGCUCUCUUUCGCCUGCAACCAUCCCCGGCGCUCGGUAUUGCGCGACCCAGAACGAAGAGUUCUACAGCGCCGCGCACAUGGCAAAGGAUGGGGCGGCGCUUGUUUUAUCGCCUUUGGUGGAGCGCAUAGGCAUCACACCGAUGUCGAUGCAGGUUCUUCCGCGUCUGGUGCUGCGAUCGGAGAUUGGUGUGUCGCCGCAACGGCAGUAUAACCACGACUUACACAGUAAUAUUGACGCAUUCGGGCACACCAACGGUGCGUGGUCCGCCUCCGACGAUGAGGGUGAGCAUACUGUAGUCCGAGUCUUCGAUGCCAAGAGUGAUGGACUUCGUUCGCGUCCACUCUUGCUGCAGUUCAGCAGUGGCACACAAACCGAUGAGGCUGCCGGAGCCACCCUAGCUUUUGGUAGUGCUCGCAGUGGGAUGCCACUGUUGGUGGCGGCGCCAGUGCAGCGGCUUCCCGCAGUUGGGCCGAAAGGAAACACGCGCAACUCGGCGCACAGCAUAGCUAGGAAGAUCGCCUCCAUAGAAAAUAUAGCGUCAACAGUUAAAGAGUGCGCAGCGACCUCGUCGCCUGUCAGCGACGCUUCCGCUUCCGAGUCCCCAGCGUCGUUUGUAAAGCGGGCGGUGUCGCCGACGGCGGCAGCAGAGCCCUUCACCAGCUCCACUUCGCAUAUUCAUAGCAGCUACAGUGGUGAGGCAGGAGGAGGAGCAACGAAGGUCUUUAGAGACAAUGUAGGGGUGUCCAAGACAUCAACGGAUGUCCCGCUCUCAACGUCCGCCCCUCCGCUCUCGGUGGCCCCAGUGCAUAUGACCGCGACCCACUCUCAGUUGAUCAUCCAGCACCCUGACACCGCCGCAUCUGCCACGAUGGGUACCACCGCAAGCGUACCGCUUUUUAUGCCCCCUCUCAUGGUCGAUGACCUGUCGCAGUUGUCUCAUGAGUGGCAGUCCACACUGCACGAGCGCACAAGCAAGGCGAAGCAGGAUGCGGUAGAAAAGUUCCUGAUCGCGUCGGCUGAGGCUGGAGCGGCAUCGACGGAGGCUACAGUCGCUGCUGCUGCAUCGUUACCACCACUGUGCCUCGCUGGCUCCGUCGUCCUGGGAGAGAACUCUAACAUGUACGCCAGUGGAUGUGCAGGGCCAAGAGUUCCUGCUGUGGGUGCUGAAGCAAGCUUCGAGAGACAGGGUUGCAACACGUCAACACAGGCACAUCAGGGUCUCGCACUACAGGAGUUUUAUGGGGGUUCUGUCGCCUCAGCUGCCAUUCCCAGCGUGUCGCUCUCCGCGUACGCGAUCCCACCGCGAUCUGGACCGCGGUCUUUUUUGGAAAUUGAGCGCGAUGUGCAGCAACGCAGUGGCAGUUCACAAUCGGCGGUGCAGCAGGCAACUGGUCAGCAGCAGCAGGAAGAGAGGUCUCUCUCGCUCUUUACACCAUCGAAAGCGAAGUACAUGCAAGAGACUUUGGUAGCGAGAGAACUGGCUUCGGGAGGCAAGGCGGCUGCUGUCAAGAGCAGAGGCAGCGGAGAGGAGAGCUUUACGGCGGCUACGAAGCACAGUGGCGGUAAGGAUCGCGGCGCUUCGUCGGAGCGUCUUCGCGCCAACAGCAAUGGUCCUCGACCCACAAAGUCUUUUGAUCUGGAAGCUCCGUCUACGGUGGAAGCCAACGACACCGUUGAUGUAGUGGACAUUGUUCAACCGCCUCUACCGACGGAUCUUCUCUCCGCGCCUUCCACGCUUGCCGAAGCCGAGGAGCAGGCCCGACGAGGAAACAGGACGUGCAGUAGCAGCAGCAGCAGCAGACAGCGCUCUCGCUCUGUAGUAGAGAAAGAAACGCCAGCAGAGGGAACUAUCGCCGCCGCUACCAGCGGUGUGGGUGUCCACAGUGCGCUGCCGCUGCCGUCUUUCUUCUCCGUCGUUGAGCCUGCUACAGAGGCGCACACGUCGCACUCAGUAAAGAAGGCAGCGAAGCAUCGCAGCGGUAAUCGCCAUCGACGAAACGAGCGUCGCAAACACUCCAGCCACCACGGCACCAGCGCUUCAAGCCGUCGCUCUCCAUCACCAUCCUCCUCGGAGGCAUCGAAAUUGCACAGCACCAAGCGAAAUAAAAAGUCCAAGGAGAAGAAGUCGAGGUAUGAUGGCGACGACAAGCACAAGAAGCGUAAACACGGUCACGAGCGCCAUGGCCGCUGCAGCCGCAGUUGCACUCGCUCGCGGUCGUCUCGGGCUGGUGACGCCACCUUUUUUGAGAUGAGUGAUGACAGCGAAGUGGACAGCAAUCUCACAACAUCCAUGGAGUUCCAGUUAUCACGGCUGCUGUUGCUGCGUGAGGCGGCGAGCGUCAAAGUCCCGACUCCCACUGCGGCUAGUGGCGCGUCACGGAGAAGCAAGCAUGAUAAGGAAAAGGAAAAUAGAAAGGCGGCUGCAGCGAAGAAGGGCGAGCACCACCAUCACCGCAACCGAAGCGCGAAGGCGAAGAAGAGAAAGAUGUCAUCAAAGCGUGGGGAAAAGCGGCGCAGGACUUUGUCCGCAGGCUCUACGGUGUGCCGGAUCAGCAGCGGCACGGAAAAGAAGAAAAAGACGGGAAAGGAAAAAGUGCGGCACCGCUCAGCCUCGCCUCCGAACCCGUGGCCCCUGCCACCACCGCCCCCGUGUCAGCAUUCAAACGCCCUGUACGGCGUGGAGGCCACGGCAGAUGACGCCGCCGCCGGUGGUGCUGUCGACGCGAAGAUCAGGUCGGCCGCACUACGUUCCGAUUGGGCCCUCCGCUACCGCAGUCUCUGCGACGACCACGCCACCCUUGGGUCGCCACGCUCCAUUCUCGAAGAUCACACCCAGUCGCGCUCUCGUUACCAAUCGACGCGUCCCUCCUUCAGGGGUGGAAGCCUCUACACUGGUGAUCAAGAAGAGGGUGUCGAGACGGAUCGUGCACGUCAUCACACAAAAACGCGUGCCGGGGAAGACUCAGAAAUGCUGUACGGACAUUAUCGUCGGUACUCACACAACAUAUCACCACUGCGCGGACAACGCCCCUACGUGGCAUCUGCAGCCUCGAGAUGGGCAGACGGCGCUCGGCGAGCUUACAGACCCGCGUUACGCGCUGAUACCACUGUCGAAGAGUCCCCCUUACAGCAUCGCAGCCACAGCGACCCGAGUCGGCCGUCGAUGAGGUGGGGUGACUACGUUCGGGGCGCAGAGCGCGGCGCCGCGGGCGGGCCGUUGUCACCUUUCUAUACGCACACGGGUCGCCCUCAGUCCCUCGCCCAGCGCCGACGCAGUAGGAGCAUAGACACCAUUACAGGAGGGGCAUGCAGUAAUGGGGGUGGUGAAGGAUACUCGCGUGCUUCGGCACAGCCGACCUCGUCUACCUGCUCGGCCACCUACACAAGCCGACGGCGACAGACGGGUGAGUUUGACCAUAUCGACGACCUGCCGAUACGGCAGUACUUCAACAAGGAAGCCGUGAGAAAGAGCGAUGUAAAGGAAGACAACCCCCUCGUAUCCACGCCAACGCAGGAUGGUGCCGAGGAGUGGAGGCCUGACAACGCCAGAGACUUCAGCUAUCUUCGUCCGCGUGAACGAGCAGGCAAACGGACGCCGCCACUGCCACCGCCACCCUCACCGCCCCUAGCCUCCACAUCACCGCCAGCGGUGCAGACAGACAGUAUAUUUGCUGCCAUCCCGCGUUCAGGUGCGCUACCCAUCCUGACAGAGUACACCGUGACAGAUGCACAGACUGCUGAGGAUUUUGUGCAGGGGGUGAAGGAAAUCAUCAGCGCACUGCAGCUGUACAGAAAAUCGGUGUGA